AUGGGUCUAGGCAAAGUGAGAGUCAAAAUCAAUGGAGCCGAGUGCGGCAUUGAGGCCAUCAUGCUGGGAGUGGUGACCUCGAUAGGUGGAUUCCUCUUUGGUUAUGAUACUGGUCAAAUCUCGAGCAUGCUGCUAUUCACCGAUUUCAUCGAGCGCUUCGGCCAAACUCAAGCCAAUGGAGAGAAAGCUUUCGACGACAUUAUUUCUUCGUUGAUUGUCUCGCUCAUGUCAAUUGGUACACUCAUUGGUGCACUUUCUGGAGCAUACACUGCGGAUUGGUGGGGACGUCGUCGCAGCUUGACCUUUGGAGUGUUCAUGUUCAUCAUUGGCAACAUCAUCCAGAUCACAGCCAUGAACUCAUGGGUCCACAUGAUGAUGGGCCGAUUUGUCGCUGGUCUCGGCGUGGGUAACCUCUCCAUUGGUGUGCCUAUGUAUCAGUCCGAAUGCUGUCCUCAACAAAUUCGAGGUGCUGUUGUUGCAUCCUACCAGCUUAUGAUCACCAUCGGCAUUUUGGUGUCAAACGGCAUCAACAAAGGCGUCCAAAGCAUUCAGGAAACGGAUGCAUCCUGGCGCACUGUCAUUGGUCUCGGCAUCUUUUUCUCGUUGCCUUUGGGAAUCGGUGUUCUGUUCACUCCAGAGUCCCCACGUUGGCUAGCUUCGCGAAAUCGAUGGGAAGAGGCGCGAACCUCUCUGGCUCGUCUACGUGGUUUGAAGGAUGACCCGAACCAUGAGCUGGUCAUGAAUGACUUCGACGAAAUGCACAAGUCCAUCGAAGAACAAAAGUCAGCCGGACAAGGUACUUGGCUCGAAUGCUUUACAGGCAAACCUUCUGGCAUUCCUCGAUUGGUCUACAGAACCCUCCUCGGCUGCGCAAUCCAUUUCCUGCAGCAAUGGACUGGAGUUAACUAUUUCUUCUACUAUGGAGCUACCAUUUUCGAGUCUGCCGGUAUCAAUGACCCCAUCUUGACACAGCUGAUUCUCGGUGCCGUCAACGUUAUCACCACAUUCCCUGGUCUAUACAUUGUUGAACGAUUCGGCCGCAGAAUCCCUAUGAUCAUCGGUGCAGCAUGGCAGUCUGCCUGGCUUCUUGUUUUUGCGUCCAUCGGUAUUGCUCGACCGCCUCAGGAUAAUCCUAGCUCCGGCAUUGUGAUGAUUGUCGCAGCUUGCAUGUUCAUUGCAUCCUUCGCUAUGACUUGGGGACCUUUCUGCUGGAUUGUGGUUGGAGAAACCUACAGUCUAAGGACUCGUGCAAAGCAAGCAUCGCUAGCUACAGCAUGCAACUGGCUCGGAAAUUUCAUGAUCGCAUUUUUGACACCGUUUGCCAACACUGGAAUCGGUUUCGGCUUUGGGUUUGUCUUCUUCGGAACCAACCUGGCCGCAGCAAUCAUUGUCUAUUUCUUCCUCUUCGAGACAAAGGCUCUCAGUCUUGAGAGCGUCGACACCAUGUACUCGGACAUGUCACUGAAAGCGUGGCAGAGCAACAAGUGGAUCCCAGAGGGAUACAUUGACAGAGAUACGCGCGACCAAGCGUUCUGGCAGCGCCGUGGUUCUAUUUUUGACAAGGACCAUACUACCCAUGGCACCGGCAAUGGAGUCAUGGCCCAGGAGGGUGAUGAGAAGACCGUCGCCGAGAAGAACGACACCGCCCCUACCCAGCGAUCGGAGAACAUUGCUGGAGACGAGCGACGAGUGUAA